CCUCACAAUUAACAUUCAACAUAACCUCCGUCAACGAACCAUGGCCCUACCAUCCAAACAAGAGUUUGAAGCGCUCCUCAGCAGCUUGAACAAUGUCGCCAAGGAUUACAGUGAUUCGAAUGAUCUCGACAGCCACCUCCGGCGCAUGGAGAUAUCUGCCCAAGCCAAGAGACUCGUACGGGCACUGACUGCGCCUGAGCAGAUGCCCAUCCAGCAUGGGAUAAACAUGGCCGAACUAGUAGCCAUCCACACCUUCAUGAAGCUCAAAGUCCUAGAAGCCAUUCCCCAAACCGGCUCGAUCUCGCUAGAGGACUUAUCAAGAGUCACAAGAGCACAGGACUCACUCCUGGAACGAAUGGCUCGCCCCCUAGUAGCAACCGGCUUCCUCGACCAAGUCCAACCCUCACCAGACGGGUCCAGCGGCGACUCCGGGUACAAAUACAAACACACCAAAUUCUCUCUCGCCUACACCAUCCCUUCCAACCAACAACAGGAGACCAAACCAGGCCACCUCUUCACAGCCCUCUACAACCAAUACUUAAAACUCAUGCUUAAGUUCGCCGAUUCCUACCUCCCCUUCGUCGCCGCCUUAGCCCGUAACCAGAACCAGAGCCAGAACCAGCCCUCCUCCUCUCAUUCCUUCUCUCACUCCUCCUCCUUCUCCUCCUCCUCAAACCCCUCCUCCUCCUCCACCUCCUCCUUCUCUUUCUUCUCCUCCUCCUUUCCACCAGGCUCAUCCAGCUCUUUGGCACGUGGCGCCCGCGAACCCCAAGACCCAUUCCAUAACCCGUUCACCUUCGCUUACGGGCAAUACGGCAGGGCGACGGCUCGGGAAGUUAUGGGACAGGAUCCGGAGAGGCUGGAGACGUUUCAGAGGGGGAUGAAAGGGUUGGAUGUCAUGGUUCCGUGCGUGGGGCAUUUUGAUUUUGGGGUUUUGGCUGCGAGCGAGGAAGAGGAAGAGGAAGUGGUAGAGUUGGUAGACGUUGGCGGUGGCCACGGAGCGGUGUUGAAGCAGAUUUUGGAUGCGCACCCUCAGCUUAACCCCGAGAGGAUUGUCUUGCAGGAUUAUAGAGAAGAUGUGGUUGAGCUAGCGAGAGCUGGACAGAGAAAUGGGACGGGAUUGCCGCGGGGGGUGAGGGUUAUGGUUCAUGAUGUUAUGGGGCAGUCUGUUAGAGGUGCAAAAGCAUACUUCAUGCGAAUGAUCUUUCGCCAUCUCUGCGACGAUGUGGCUACUCAGAUGCUCUCUCGGUUGGGUGAGGCCAUGUCGCACGAUUCACGAGUCCUGGUUUGCGAGCUGGUACUUCCGCAGCGGGUGGGAGAGGCGGACUUGGGGGCGGCGGUGUUGGAUCAGUGGGUCAUGUCGAUAGGAGGGAAGGAACGGACCGAGGAAGGGUUUCGGAAGAUCUUUGAGGGUGCUGGUCUUGAGUUGGUCAAAGUGUGGAGAGUACCUGGGGUAACGGGAGCAUGUGUUGAGGGGAGAUUGCAGGGUGGCCGUGGUGGAAGGCAGCAUUAGGGGAGGAGUUGCAAGGUGAUGAUCACUUUAACGGUGCAAAUGUAUCAUUUUUAGCGGCCCCCACAGCUACCGGCAGUACUUGGUGACUUUCUGGAUUCUUGGGUUGCCAGCCAAGCAACGCUAGCGGGCGCGUCUAUGUAAAGGAUCGACGAUGUUAAAAGUGUCCUUUUUGCUGCUAAAAUCAGCGGUUUUACAUAGUCUAUUAAAGUAUCAAGACAGACUUACCAAAUUGCACCGUCCUUAAGCCGUUAAACGCAAAAUAUCACCAAGUCUUUAUUGUUAUUGAAAUCUUUCAACGAUUUUGAACUCUUCCGUUG